AUGGAUUCAGGGGAUGGACUCCCUGUUUCUGCUGAGCUAGGACUGACUCAUGACAUCCUCAUGUAUCCCGCACGUCGGUCCGGCCAAAAGCCUGCAAUCAAAUCUGAUAAUGCAAGCCAAGAAGAUCAAGCACAACGUCAUCGACUGACCGAGACGAGACGACGUCACCCUCUCAACGCCGUAUAUGAAACUGGAGAAGAACUGUUCUUAGGAACAUGCGACAGUAGAGGUGUUGGUGGAGUUGGCGUCCUCGUCAACAGGAGUAUGGCAAAGAACAUCGACUCUUUCGAACAACUUACGACCCGAAUCAGACGUCUGCGAAUGAGAAGAUGUGGUCCAACACCAGCUUUGACUAUCUUCGUCGCUUACGCUCCAACAUCAAGCUACGAAGAAGAAGAAUUCGAAGCUUUCUAUAUGGAAAUGGAAAAGUUUUACCGAGAAGAUCAUGCCUUCCACAAGGUCAUAAUUGGCGAUUUCAACGCCAAGGUUGGCCCAAGAAGAACGCCGGAAGAACUUCACAUCGGGACUCACGGCCUACAAUGGAAUGACCAGGGGGAGAGGCUCUCCGAGUUCAUCAUAACGACCAAGACCAUCCUUGGGAACUCGCAAAUCCAGAAGCCCUCCUCUCUACGCUGGACGUGGGAGUCACCCGGUGGAGGGUUCUGCCUGACGGACGUCGGUGUUGUACCAAAGUUCUAUACGGGAUCGGACCAUCGCCUCCUCCGAGGAAGAUUUCCCUUCACAAGGAGAGCAGAGAAAGCCGCCAAGUUCAGAGAGAGAAAUCCCAGGACUACCAUCAACUGGGAUCUCUUCGCUACGCUAGCCGGCUUUUGGGAAGAUUCCGCAAUGGACAACAUCGACGAGGAAUAUGACCGGCUUGUUGAACACCUUCACGACUGCGCGAAGAAGGCUGAGAGUUUUAAAACCACCAAGAGACGCCUAUCUCUUCAAACUCUUGAGCUGAUACGCCAGCGUGGAGCAGCACGAGCUGCAGAGAACCAAGAACUCACGUCCGAGCUCGCAAGGCUUUGCAGAGAGGCGAUAAAGGAAGACCUUGAAGAGAGAAGAGCAGAAGUGCUGGCUGAAGCUGCAGAGGCGGGGAAAAACAUCCGCUAUGCCCGUCGAGACUUCGCCAGUCGCAAGACGAGGAUGACUGCUCUCCGGAGCCCAAAGGGAACAGCCAUUGCAUUAAGAAGAGGGAUAGAGGAAAUCAUCUACGACUUCUACUCUGAUCUCUUCGACAGCCAUGUCCACUUGCCUCCUCACCAUCUGAGGGAAGACGGACAAGUCAUUCCAGAGGUUCUCCCGUCCGAAAUACGACAUGCUAUCAUGUCAGUAAGAAAUCAUACGGCAUCCGGUCCCGACAGAAUAAGACCAGAACACCUGAAGAGUCUUCCGCCAGUACUCAUCAACACCCUGGCGAGGCUCUUUACACGUUAUCUGUCGGAAUGCAAGGUUCCUAAACAGUGGAAGACCAGCAAGACCGUGUUGUUGUAUAAAAAGGGAGAACCACAUGACAUCGGCAACUAUCGCCCAAUCUGCUUACUGUCCGUCAUCUACAAGCUCGUUACAAGAGUGACCCUUAAUAGGACUGAAAAAGUCUUGGAUGAAGGACGACCGUACGAGCAAGCAGGGUUUCGAAAAGGAUUCAGCACGAUUGACCACAUUCACACUGUUUCGAAACUCAUCGAGGUAUCACGAGAGUACAAGAUGCCGCUCUGUGUCACUUUCAGGAAAAAGGCCUCCGACUCAGUUGAGACGGAAGCGGUCGUGGAAGCCUUGGACAACCAAGGCGUCCCUACUCAGUACGUAAAGGGGGAUCCGCAGGGUGAUACAAUCUCACCAAAAAUAUUCGCAGCCACCGUCGAGAACGCAAUGCGAAAGUUGGAAUGGGACGACAUGGGAGUGAAGGUUGAUGGUCGGCAGCUACACCAUUUGCGGUUUGCUGAUGGCAUUGUGCUGAUAACACUUAGCAUCAGCCUGGCGGAACGAAUGCUGACCGAAUUCGACGAAACAUGUGAAUGCAUCGGUCUUCAGCUGAAUCUACAAAAGACGGUGUUCAUGAGGACCGGAUGGGUUUCAGAUGCCCCAUUCACGCUCAACGGAACGAACAUAUCCGAAUACACCAGCUACGUUUAUCUGGGUCGGGAAUUGAACAUGAUGAACAACCUAACUGCCGAGCUGGGCAGAAGGAGACGAGGGGCUUGGGAAGCGUACAAGAGCAUCGAGGAUGUAGUGAAGAAGACCAAGAAUACCCGGCUCCGUACUCACCUCUUGAACACCUCCGCACUUCCUGCUUUGACUUAUGCUUCGGAAACCUGGGCAUUUCGCAAGCAGGAAGAAAACGCAGUGAUCAUCACUGAACGCGCAAUUGAGAGAGUGUUGCUAGGAGUAUCCCGUUUCACGCAAGUGAGGGACGGGACUCGAAGUUCUCUCCUAUCGAUCGAAGAUUAG